AUGCUGCAGCCUUUCGGAUUUGCUACCGGCGGAUACGAUCAUCGAAUCCACAUCUGGGACGUAAAGGACGAUAUGUCCAUGCCGUCUCCUACGGAGCUACCCGUUAAGCAUUCCUCCAUGGUACAAUCUCUCCUCCCGAUCCGUGACACCAGUCAUAAGUUGGUGUCAGCGGGCGCUGACUGCACCGUACAUUUCUGGGACCUGUCAUCAGAGCGAGUGGUCAAUACGCUAAAGACCUCGAAUGCGGUGUAUCAUGUUCACGAGGUGCUGUCGCCAUUCUGCACCCUGUUGGAAAUCGCACAUCGAGAGUUACAAUUCGAGAUUCGCGACCAUCGCAUGGCGCCCGUACUGCCAGUGCAGAGGUUUGGAUAUGCCGCACCGAGAUCUCACGGGCGAUACGUGAAAGGCAAGUGUGGUACUGUGCGCCUAUGGGACCUGCGGGAUGUUAGCAAAUGUUCAAAUACCAUGGGGUCUGUAGUCAUAUAUGAUGAUGAGUACCUCGUAGCUUGCUCGGAAGAUCAUGAACUUGCAUUCAUUAUGCAUACAUAA